CAUUGAUGAGGACUUUUAGCAUGAGAGGUGUGAGGCUUAGUUUCAAACCCAGGAAGUGUUCUGUGCGUGUUAAAUCAACUUGUGCUUCAACCAUCAAGAAUUCAAAGUUUCCCGAAAGGGUCGACUCGGAAAGACUAUCAGCAUAUAAAGUUUGUUCAUACCAUCAUUGCUGUCUCAAUAAACAUUCUCAUGACACUCGACCAAAGACUUUGUCAAAUCCCGAUAGGAGAAAUAGUCCAAAUCUCAUAGCUACCUCAAACAUAGAGGAUAGCUGUGUGAAACGAAACAUCCAUCUGUCUAAUAAAGCCAAAUUAGACUUAGGGCAUAAUUUCCCAGCCAAGUUCAGCUGGAAAAUCUGAACCGAAGAGUCGUGCACGACUUGUAGAUUAUGAAUCCAAGUCCUCAACUAAGAAGGAGAAGCAUUUCAACAUGUGGAACCUUUUCCAACAGCAUAUGAUUUCCAACAGGUGGCUGCACCAGAAAGUUCAGAUUCUUGCAGCACAGAAAUGGAAAAUGCAGAUCAGGAUGGCGAGAAUGAGAUCGAAGUCAAGAAGCUUAUUGCCAUUAAGCUCGUACGAGAAGCGAUAGAGAAGAUUCUCCUUCCUGAAGUUUCUGAACUGUCAUCAGACAAUCAAUCAAUAUCAAGUGAUCUAAGCACUCUUGAUCAAGAAACAUCAGGAUACAACAAAGAUGAUGAUGUCAUCUUCAGCUGGCAUUCAAACUGAUCUAAGUCAGCCAAUUCAUCCAAAUCAAGCCACAUCAGAUAGCACCGUGGAUGGAAUUGAAGUUCAUAAUCUGGAUUCAGAUAAUGAUAGGCUAAAUGAAGAUGAACCAAUUGCUAACACAUGUGAAAGGAAACUCAAAUCCAAGGUAUGGGAUGAUAUGGAGAGAGUUAAAAUUGGAUCUGUUUUUGUUGCUAUUUGCAAACACUGUCAUAAGAGGUUUGCUGGGGGUAGUAAAAGUGGAACUAGUCACUUGAUUAAACACAUAAGUAAUUGCAUUCAUAGAAAAAUAAGAAGUGGAGCGCAACAAGUACUUCAGUUAGAGAAGAAUGCUUUGAAUGACAAUGUUAAAGUGGCAACUUUUAAGUUUGAUCAACUUAGGAGUCGUAUGGAUUUUGCUAGAGCCUUAGUGAAACAUAACUAUCCUUUCAACAUGGUUGAGCACGAGUAUUUUGAAAAAUUCCUGAACAAUUUACAGCCAAAUUUCAAACUGGUUUCUCGUAAUACUGUUAGGGCUGAUGUGAUUAAACUUUACCAAGAAGAGAAAGAAAAAUUGUAUAAGACUUUGGAAGAGUUUGAUGGCAUGGUUAGUAUGACUACUGAUAUAUGGACGUCAGAUCAUCAAAAUCUUGCAUAUGCUUGUUUGACAUGUCAUUAUAUUAGUGAAGAUUGGGAGUUGAAAAAGAAAAUCAUUGCCUUCGGAGCCAUUCCAUAUCCUCAUGAUGGUGAGACUUUAUUUAGGUUUAUUUCAGAUAUCUUGUUAGAAUGGAAUCUUGAUAAAAAGUUGUCAUCUGUUGUUGUUGAUAAUGCUUCUGCCAAUGAUUCAAUGAUUAAGUAUUUGAAAUUGUGGCUUUUAGAUAAAUCAUUAAUCCAUUUGGGAGGUGAUCUUUUCCAUGUUCGAUGUAGUGCACAUAUUCUAAACUUGAUUGUGCAAGAUGGAUUAAGCAUUGUUGGAAGUUUUCUUCAGAAAAUUCGAGAUACUAUGAAGUACUUGAAAAGGUCUACUUCAGCUAACCAAAAGUUUGAGAGUGCUAUUAAUCAAUGUAAGUUGAAAAAUAAGAAAAGAGUGAGUUUAGAUGUGUGCAACAGAUGAAAUUCUACUUUUUUAUUGCUUGAAACUGCUCUUCCCUUAAAAGAAGCUUUUUUUUCGUUUGGAACAGCUGGACCGAUAUUACAAGUUCAAUCCUUCUGAAAAUGAUUGGAAAGUUGCGAGUGUUGUUCAUGGGUGUUUAAAAAAAAUUUAUGAUGCUACUUGUCAUUUUAGUGGUAGUAACUUUCCUACGGCAAAUGUAUUUUUCCCUGAUAUAUGCAAUUUGAGUAUUAAGUUGAGAGAAUGGGAACGUAGUGAGUAUGAUUUCAUUCAGAAAAUGGCAAUUCCUAUGCGAGCCAAAUAUGAAAAAUAUUGGGAUGAGUGUUGUCUGGUCUUAGCUAUCGCGGUGGUUUUUGAUCCUAGGUAUAAGCUGGCUUUAGUAGAGUAUUAUUAUACCACUCUUCACAAAGAAAAUGGUCAAAGAUAUUUGGAUAAGGUGCGUAAUGCUGUGACUGAUUUAUUUCUUGAGUAUGGGGGUGAGCUUUGUAAUUCUACUAGUUCGCUUGGAGAUGAUAUUGGUCAGGGAACUUCAGGUAAAAAAGAUAUGUGUGUUGAUGAAGGAGAUGACAUGUCUGGAUUUGAAAAAUGGUAUAAGGAAUCUUCCAAUACUCCUUUUUUGCCACAAAAAUCUGAGUUAGAAUUGUACUUAGAAGAGCCUGCCUUCCCAAGAAAAGAGAAUUUUGACAUAUUAGCUUGGUGGAAGGCAAACAGUCCAAAAUAUCCCGUUCUUGGAAGAAUUGCUCGUCAUAUACUUGCAAUUCCAGCUACCACCGUGGCAUCAGAAUCUGCUUUUAGUGUUGGAGGAAGAGUUAUUGAUGAGAAGCGUGCUUCUUUGCUUCCGGAUGUAGUGGAAGCUCUAAUGACAACGGCAGACUGGUUGCCAUCACUAAACAAAAGAAAGUUUGCUGAAGAAGAAGAAUCCCCGAGUCGCUCCUCUAAAUGUGUUAGAUCAUCGUGAUAUGCUUCGGUAAGAUCAUUCUAAGGUCUAAGCUCAUUGUAGUAUUGUAAUAAUAUAACUAAUAUCAUAGUUAACAGGUGGUUAUCAAGGAUUCGAGGCUUGAGCACAUGAUAUAGACGAUACAUUGUACAAUUUUCCUUCUAUCUUUUUUUUUGUGUUUAUUUUUUGCAGAAACUAUUGCAGCAAAGUUUGACUCUUCCUAAUUAUAUUGUGCAGUCUUUUUGACAGAAAGUAUAGCAUACAGAGUUGUUCAAGCUUUGAUGUGAAUCCAAGCUAUUUUUGACCGAGCUGAGAGCAAGCUAUAAUACUCUUUCAAGUUUUGUUUAUUAUAAUAUCAAAAGCAUUCAGUAUGUUUGGAUAGAGUACUGGUUUUGCUUUGUGAAUCCAAACUAUUUUGACAGAAAGCAAGUUGGGAUGUUCUUUGAAGUUUUGUUUAUUUCAUUAAAGCCAUCCAGUAUGUUUGUAUGUGAACUUUGAACUUUAAAUUUAGAAAGUAAAGAUAUGUUUGGCUUCUGAAU